GCUUGGACUUAAUCUGAGGAUGACGGCGAGAAAAAGAACAAAAGAAGAACGCUGUUUAAAGGUGAAUGAUGAGCAGGAUACGGCAGCUCAACCAAAAUACAGCAUCUACAAGAUAUCUAUCAAGACUACGAGGCUAAGCUGCUUAUGAGCACACAUUCAGGAGCUGCACAACCAAUCCCCCUCCCCUUGUACCCCUACUCUCCUUGCCCUGCUCUACCUGUGUCCCACCCUUAAUCCCCACUGGAUUUAAAGGGAAACUUUAAAAAAAAAAAAGAUGGCAGUUUUAAGAGUGAAAUUCACCAAGACGAAGAGGGACAAGCUGGCCCAGGUGCUGUGGCUCCUGAACUGGUUCUCAGUUGUGACAGGGGCCAUCCUCUUCAGCCUGGGGCUCUUCCUAAAGGUGGAACUGAACAAGCGAGAGGACAUGAUGGCAGACAGGGACAUUCACUACGUACCCAACAUGUUGAUCGCUGUGGGCCUCAUUGCCUGCGUCAUCAACUUCCUCGGAGGUAAAAUCUGCUACGACUGUGUGGACACUAACAAGUUCCUACGCUGGAAGCUGAUCAUGCUGCCCUACAUCAUGUGCACCUUCUUCUUCACCUUCUGCGUGCUGGUGGGGGCACUGAUGUGUUACACCAUGCGUGGGGCGCUGGAAGAGUCGUUGGACCAGGGGCUCACGGAGGCCAUGGGGUAUUAUAAGGACACAGACACACCUGGACGAUGCUUCCUGAAGCGUACUGUGGACAUACUGCAGAUUGAGUUCCAGUGCUGUGGGAACAAUGGAUAUAAAGACUGGUUUCAUAUCCAGUGGAUCAGCAACAGAUACCUGGACAUGACCCACAAAGAGGUGGUGGACCGGUUAAGGAGUAAUGUAGAGGGGAAAUACCUGAUGGAUGGAGUCCCCUUUAGCUGCUGUAACCUGAACUCCCCUCGGCCCUGCAUCCAGAAGCAGAUCAACAACAACUCUGCUCAUUUUAACUACGAGCACCAGACGGAGAGGCUCAACCUGUGGAUGAAGGGCUGCCGCCAGGCGCUGCUCGACUACUACACCUACAUCAUGCAGUCCAUCGGCCUCACCGUCCUCAUCAUCUGGCUCUUUGAGCUGUCGGUGCUGACAGGAGUUCGUUUCCUCCAAACCUCCCUGGAAAAUGUGCUGAAACAGGGCGACCCCGACUCCGAAUCUGACGGCUGGCUGCUUGAGAACAGCUUCAUGGAAACAGCCCGCACCAACCUGAACAUCAUCAAAAGCCUCGGCAAGAGCAACCAGAUAGACACAGGUGAUAAUGGAGACCCCAACAUUAACAUUCCCUCCACCUCCAAAGCAAACUACGGACCGGACAACGUGCCCCUGAAGGAAACACCUGAAGCAAGUUGAUAGUUCUCAGGCCUCAGUGAGCUGUAUCCCUGAAGGCCUUUAUAAAGACUUUUAAGCUGUUUUUUUCUUCAUUGUUACUGUUUUAUCUUUCAGUCAUGAAUUACAAACGAGAAAGAACUGUGUAUUUAAAUGACAGCAGAAACUCAAAUAUCUUAAUGAAUCAAAAGCAUGUUAUACCAUCCUUUCCCUUUAAAAGACAGCUGACAUUUUCUUCAGAAUUUAGCUAGCCAAUUAAUAAUCAAUGAGUCAAAACUUUUCAUAAAUACCAGUGUAUACCUUAUCCUUAAUGAAAACAGCAUAACAUAAGCCCUAAAUAACCAUAAAUGCAUAUUUUUGUACAAUUGUACACCUCUGUACUGUAACUUCUUGUUUACAAAUGAUAACUUGUUGCCUGUUUAUCAUGGUUUUCCAACAAAUAACUGCUGCACACUUUUCAGCUGCAAUGCUCAAGUCGCAAUGAACCUGAUGAGUU